AGCUUGGGGCGGCUUCUGGGUGCGGGCGACCGCGGCGCUCCGGCUGUGGGGAGCAGGUACAGGUAGGUGUGGUCAAGACGGUUAGGAUUUCGGAGUCUUGCUCGAAUCCUUGUGGGCCUGGUGUCACGACCCUAAAUCAAGAGGAGACGCUGAGGAAGGCCCAGAUUAUCUCUACUCUUGUUCAUAUGUGCAUGUCUCUUCUAAGUUGACUAAAGCUACUUUAGAACUAUAAAUACCUCAAAGGUUUGACUGACAGUACUACAUAAAGCCUGCCUGCCAUGGGCUGUCGGGAUGUCCAUGCAGCCACAGUCCUGUCCUUCUUGUGUGGAAUCGCCUCAGUAGCAGGCCUCUUUGCAGGGACUCUGCUUCCAAACUGGAGAAAAUUGCGACUGAUCACAUUCAAUAGGAAUGAGAAGAACCUGACUGUUUACACAGGUUUGUGGGUAAAAUGUGCCCGGUAUGAUGGAAGCAGCGACUGCUUGAUGUAUGACACUACUUGGUACUCAUCAGUUGACCAGCUGGACCUGCGUCUCCUCCAGUUUGCGCUGCCCCUCAGCAUCCUGAUUGCAAUGGGUGCCUUGCUGCUCUGCCUGAUUGGAAUGUGUAACACAGCCUUCAGAUCUUCAGUGCCCAAUAUCAAGCUGGCCAAGUGUCUGGUCAAUAGUGCAGGCUGCCAUCUGGUGGCUGGACUGCUGUUUUUUCUGGCAGGUACUGUGAGCCUUUCUCCAUCCAUCUGGGUCAUCUUUUACAAUAUCCAUCUGAACAAGAAGUUUGAGCCUGUUUUUACAUUCGACUAUGCAGUGUAUGUUACUAUUGCGAGUGCAGGGGGUCUGUUUAUGACUGCACUUCUGCUGUGUAUUUGGUAUUGUGCAUGCAAAUCUUUGCCUUCUCCUUUCUGGCAGCCACUGUACUCCCAUCCUCCGAGUAUGCACACUUACUCACAGCCCUAUUCAGCACGUUCCCGCCUAUCCGCCAUUGAAAUUGACAUUCCAGUAGUUUCACACACUACUUAAUCGGGAUGUAAUUAGCUGCUUAAAUUUUUUCUUGUAGCUUUCCAUUUUCCCUGUGUAAAGAGCCUUUUGGGCUAGAGUAAUUUUUCUUUGUUUGUUUGUGACUAGUCACUAGAGCCAAAUUAGUAUGUCCUGAUAAAAGGAAGUGCUGCUAGUUUUUAUGAGGUGUAAAUUAAUUAUUUUAAAUGUGAAACAUUCCUUUUAUAUUGCUUCUUAUACCAGAAGGAAUUUUAACAACGUCCUUACUGAUUAUCUGAUCGAUCAGUUGAAGUGGAAAGGGUCUAUGUUGCAGUUGGUGAUUUAAAACAACAUGCUAAAGAAUGAUCGGUAAGAGAAGCCGUUGUGUACAGUGUGAAUACUCACAUUGUGGAUUGUCCUUUUUCUGUAAGACCUUGGACUAGAAAAAGAAAUACAACUCCAAAUGUAACUAUUUCCUUUCAGAUAAGGUAAUAUUUCGAUAAUAAUCUACCAGUUACAGCUGUAACUUCUCUCGGGGCUAAUCUUAUUGAAUAGGCUUCAGUAUGUUAAAGAUUACUUAACUGUUGUGAGUUCUUUAUCUUCUACCUCAUGCCAGUUGUUUAAAAGUAAAAAUGCAUUUUAAAUCUCAGAAUAAGACUAAAAAUUUAAAUAUCUAUUAGUUAUUGUUAACACUUAACACUUUUUAAAGCUAGUGAAUUUAUAAAUUACAUUGCUUUAUUAAAACGUACCAUGUGACAGAUUGGUGCUUCCUCAGGGGCAGAAAAUCCUUUUUGCCAGAUACUAUCCAUUAAAUCUUACUCAUGUGCAUAUACAAUCUUUUAGUGGCUAGGAGAAAUUGAUGAAAGGUUGUUCGAACAUAAUAGGUCAUUCUCUUAGAUAUAUGGGGUAGAGAUUCACUAGGUUGACUGAGUAAUAAUAGGUGAAAUAGGGGAUAGAUUUACCAUGACCACAUUUACCUUGAAUUCAAUCCUGCCCCCCAUCCUUGAUUAUAUCCUUGAAUAUAUAUCUCUGCCUAACACUGUAGUAGAUGCUUCAGAGGAUUUAUGAAACGAAGGAGAUCUGGUCCUCUCCAUGAAGAAAUUUUAAUCUAUAGAAGACCAAACUGAUAACUGACAAUUAGGGAAAAAUCUGACUUCAUGGGCAGCUGGCCUUCUCAGUCAUUGAUCUAUGAAUAUACUUCAUGACUUUCUGACAGACAGGCCUGUUGUACAAUACCAGCAAUAUGGUAGAUCUUAGAAAAUCACUUCAGUCUAUUGGAUCCUUAGGGCAUCUCCUUUAGCUUACAUGUUAUAACAAUACUAUGUCAGAUUCAUGAGAAUGGGCAAAAGUGGUAGAUAAAUUAUACCCUUUCCACCUCUAAAAGUAUAGUAUAUUAAGGGUUGAUGACUUUAAAAAUCUGAAGCUGGGCUUGGUGGCGUGUGCGUGUGCAUGUGUGUGUGUGUGUGUGUGUGUGUGUGUAUUGUGUAUAGAAUACUCAGGAGACUGAAGCAGGAGCAUUAUGAGUCCUAGGGCUAGAUGGUUAGACCUUGUCUUUAAAAAAGGCGGGGGGGGGGGAAGAAACCUCUCUUCAUGUAGUAUCAAUGAAAUGAAGCUGUGUUAACACUGAGAUAACUCUUAGAAAUUCAGGGACAUUAGAAACUUACAGAUUAUUUAUUUGGUAUAAUUUGCCGUAUACAUAUUAGCAUUAUGAUCUAAAGAUUGUUUUAUUAACUAUUACAAACGUCACAAACAGCUAAUUGUAUGGUAAACCUAUUAUUGCUCUUUUGCAAACUUGAGUAUGAUCCUGGUGUUUCUAUAAAUACACGGACUUUUUCUAUUUCUAAUAGUACUUUAUGUGUAUAGCAACUAUUUCCACAUGUAUAAUUUUUAGAUGUCAUCAACAAUAGCAUGCAAGGCUAUAAUUUUUAAAUUAUAGGUUCUGAUUUCUUUCCAGUUCCGAUUCUUUGCAUUCUUGUCAGAUAUAGCAGAGUCAUGGUCAUCCCAAAACAAUAGCAAGUGGUAUGUAGAUAUGAAUAUUGAUUUCCACCUUUACUAAUUAAUUGGAGUAACUGUUGUCACUAAACUUUUGUCCAGAAGAAUCAAGAAUGCCACCAUCUCUUGUUCUUUUGUAUAAACAGUGUUAAAGAAAUAGACUCUGCCACUAUGACAUUAGACAAUUUUUAGUUCAUAGGGUUAUAGAUACGAAGCUUUCAUAUGAGAAUAUUUGGUUACGUGGUAUAGCCUCAAAUUGAUAUUUAUUAAAGAUUCACUUGGGAAAAGAUUUGCUAUCAUUAGCUGUUUUUUAAACCAUCAAAGGAAAGCAUUACCAUUGUUUUUUAAAAUGCCAUUUGAAUACUUACCAGGCUGUCAUUAUGAUGGGAGAGUUAACUUUUUUGUUGUUUUCAUUAAGAGCCUAUUAAUGUUAAAGGACUUCUACAGAAGUGGGAAAACAAACUUGGAAAAUGAACUGUAGAUGCUUGUGCCUGGAUCUGGAUCUUGUUUGUCCAGCCAUGGAAAAAAAACAAGAACCCGAAUUGACCUUACUUGUAUAUAUACACAAUAAUAGAUAGUAUGUUUGCUGUAAAAUGCAAAGUAAAGCCUCAAUAAAUGUGUACUGUAUUUCUUGACGUUUAUUAAAAAUGUAUUUUUACAA